CAUCAGUCCUCCUCACAGCAGCCUCAUCAGCCUUCACUUCACUCACUUCCAAACCUCACCUCCAAACUUCCCUCUUUCCAAACCACCACCACCCCCAAUCACUCCAAUAAAAAUGCAGUUCUCCACCAUCUUCACCACCCUUAUGGCUGCCGCCGCCGUCUCGGCCGUCGCCAUUCCUGCCGGUGGCAGCGGUAAGACCUGCAACAUCAACGAAUCGACGGAGGGCAAGGAGGUCUGCUGUGUUGGCCUGCUCAGUGCCAUCACUUGUCUUAUCGGCAUCUGCGACGUCACCAUCCUCGGUGGUAGCAACCAGUGCUGUGAAGUCAACCAGGUCGGCCUCAUCAACAUCGGUGGUUGCAUCUCCCUUUAGAGCCCGUCAGCAGCACGGGACCGGGAGGAUUUGGGAACAAUUUCGAGGGAGGAACAUGGAGGGCUAGGCUGGUGGAUUGGAUUGGGAUGGAUUUUGGAAGGCUAUUUGGGAAGAGAUCACUUGGAGAGAAUGGUUUUUAUGUUGACACUCAUUCGAUUUGUAUUGGGGAGUAAUUGGCUGGCCGUUGGCGGAUGUACUGGUACUCGACAGAUAAAAUCUUUGCU